AUGACAGAAAGUGAAACAACCGACAGAAAAAUUGUGUUUGGGGUGGAUGCGAGUGAACACAGUGAGAGAGCAUUUGAUUGUAAGUAAACUGAAGAAAACGUUCUGUUUUUGAAGUUUAGUCUACACCUAUUCUGUAAUAACGCACUUUAAAUACUCUCAGAAGAAUAGUUCAUUUUACAGCCUACCCCUUUACAUGGCCUCCGAAACAUUUUAAAACUUACAAAAGUAUUCCCUCACCUCAAAGAAUUGUACGGUACCGUGUGGCACGAAAUUUUUGCAAGAGUUUAUUUUUGAGGAUUGGCGAUUUUUUGUGUUUUGCGGAACUAAUUUUUGCGAUUUCGACAGAUAGGUUUUUCUUGCUGGGAAUUAAUUUUUAAUGUUUUUAGUACUUGCAAUAGAAAUACAUAUUUUUAAACAAUACUACAGUGUGCGCACCCUAUACCACGUAAAACCAGUAUUUCAUUGUAUACCGCUUUGUUUCUGAAGGAAAGAGACAAUUUGCAAUUGAACAGACACGAUGUCUUAGUGCUGCAGCGAAUUUACGGUUAGAGAAUAUUUUAUACUCUGGGGUAAACUUUUGCGGGAAAAUUUUUGCUGAUCACUGGAAGAACUCGCAAAAAUCAGAACCCGCAAAAAUUUCGUGCCACACGGUAUUUAAACUGAUACUACUAAAUCUUGUUUGAAGCCUGUGACUUUGGGUAUGUGUGACAGUUCUGUUUGGUCAAGGUGUAAAUUCUGUUUGGGUUCCCAUGUGACUGAAGGCAAGCUUCACGUGGGGGAAAGAUGUUAACUUACUUUGACGCCCUCGAAAGGGACACUGGUCUUGCCUCCUUGAAAUAAUUUUGCUAAGACUCAAAGUGACAUCAUGAUGACGAUGAUGAUGAUUAGAGGGCACAGAUCGUUCACACCUUUCAUGGUUUUCAAUAAAAUCGUACAGGAGUUUAAGUUUUUCAGCGGCGGAUCUAGGGGGAAGGUGCAGGGGGUGCGCACCCCCAACCCCCCACGAGAUGACCUGCGGUUUUCUAAUACAACUGGUUUUCUGCGAAAAAAAAAAACUAUGUGGUUUAUUGGUGUUGAAGUAGAGCAAGAGACUAGUGCACCCCUCCUGGAAAAAAUCGUGGAUCCGCCCCUGUUUUUUUUUUAGAAAGCUAACCACUAUUAAUGGUUUUUGACCCGAGACAAGUCUUAUUAUUGUGUUAUGCUCGGGGCCAACAUUUUAGGUCACUAAACCAUACUAGAAGCUAUUAGACUCUCAUAUUUCAGCCUGCUCAUAUUUGUUAUGAAUUUUAUAACUUUUUCUGUAUCGAUAAGCGAGGCCAGGGAACAAUUAGCUGCUAUUGAGAGAAGCAAAGGGAGAAUGAGCUACGAUAGAAAAUUAAAAGCGAAACCAUUACCAUGCAAGCAAUUCUAUAUCCCGGGCCCCGGGUUCUACAUAUUAAAAGUAUUGUACUAAAACCACCAUAAACUUUUAGGAUACGUCGUGCAUCUUAAGUUUCUGAGCAGUACUAAUAUUGGACAAAUAUAGAAAUCUAAUUUUAAUUUUCUUCAGCAACAUUAUACAGUACACUUGCUACUUCCGUUUUCCUCAAAUGCUGGCAGAAAACUAUUCGUUACAUGAUUAUUGCCUUGGAGACAGUGAACUAUAGGAGCGGGAAGACUUCAAACAAGGCCACGAUCGGCCUGAUGAAAUUCUACAAGAUCAGUGGGGAAAGGGUACCCCCUUCAUGUAAACAAACGGAGACGGAAGGAAGAAAUGAUGUGUAAUAGUGGAAAUUUAAAUUUGACAGCACGAUCGUACACUUUUUUCUUCAACUUUGAUUUAAUUUCAGGGUAUAUCAAUCACCUAUGUGACAAGGAAAGAGACCAUGUCAUGUUUGUACAUGCCCAAGAAUAUCCAAUCACUCCAAAUGACAUGUAUCCUCGUAAGUACAUUCAAAAUACCGUAAAAUUUCGAAAAUAAGCCCCUCCAUGUACAAGCCCCUCCAAAUAUAAGCCCCCCAAACCGGUAACGCAAAAAACCUUCCGUUAAAUAGCCCCUCCAAAUAUAAGCCCCCCGCGGGCUUGUACUUGAAAAAUUGCCUUCAAAUACAAAGUAAAACAAAGCAAAAACGGUAAAUUCACUUCCAACUAUAAGGCUAGCCCAAUCGUUUUUGAAACACAAAUUUCCCUCCGUAGAUAAGCCCCUCCGAAUAUAAGCCCCUCCAAAAAUAAGCCCCUCAAAAAGGGCCUUUGAAAAAUAUAAGCCCCGGGGCUUAUUUUCGGAAUUUUACGGUAGUCUAACUCAUACCCAGGCGUCUCCGAUGAACCUCUCCCAAUGGCGUGCAGGGCCUGAUGCAACCUCCUCCCCAGGGCUUUUCCCUAGAAAAAUGUGACGGGAGGGGGGAAAAGUCCUGAAGACGAGGUUGGGCCUUAUAAGCCUGAAGGAGGAAACAUAAGUUGUUUCAGGAGCCAUAAUCGGGGUACACCGAUUAUGGCUCCUGAUUGUUUACCAUUUACAUGGGCAAACCAGUCGGUUCACGGUUUGGGCAAAUGGUAAAUGAAAUUCAGGACUGGUAAAUUUCGUCCUGGAAUCGCGUUUACCAUGUGCACAAAUUAUGUCCAUUUACCGAAAAAUGGCCGCGAAGGCCUGAAACUGAUAUCAGAGAUGGCUUUGAAGAAUUGGAACACGAAUUCCCUACCUAUUCAGACGUUCCAUUUUUUGGGAAAAUUUUCCAAUGAAACGACCCAAAAAGUCGUGUUUCAUUAACUUUCCAAUCGGAUUGGGAAACUGUUUGUAAAUCUAAACACCCAUAAUUCCCUGCCAUGCGCGUCACGGAGACGACUGGGAACGAGUCAACGACUUUAUAAAAUAAUUACUGACCCGAACUUCUUUAAAUUCUGAACGAACACGAUUGCCAUAAAUAAUCCAGGCUAAGACAACGCGCAACAUCUGCAUUCAAAAUUCCAAGGGGAGAAUCCCGUAUGGAAGGGAAGAGAAAGCCCUUUGGAAAACUGGAAAUAGACCUCCAAAAGAAAACCAACCUGUGCUUGGAUCAGGCUUUUUUUUGGGGGGGGCACUGUUUGACCAUACACCAACACUGAAAACAAGGGAAUAAUUUAAGGCGAAAAAUUGACAAGCACUUGCUGUUAAUUUUUUUUCUCUCUUUUUAGAUGGGUCUUAUUUGACUUUUGAGAAUUGGCAAAGUAUUAAGGACAAAAGUGACAGAGAGGUCAAGGAACUUUUGGAAUGCUACGGAAAGAAAUGUAAACAACAAAAGGUUUGUGAUUCUGAUUCAGCCACUUUGAAGUUCAGUUUACGAUUGCGUCGAUGUUGGGACGAAUUGUACUCUUGGACUAGUUUGGAGAUGCUAAUCGUCAAUUGUCUGGCGGUGUGACAGUGAUAUGGGCAUCCCCUCUAACAACACCCCAGUUUGAGGGUCUGAAUGGGUCCUAGUGUUGAGUGUUAUUUGCUCAUAAUUUUUAGUGUUUACUAUUAAAUUGGCCAAUUUUUUAAUGUUUACUGUUUCCGAAGAAAAUACUGUUAAUUGUUUGGAGGGUUCCUUGGACAUCUUCGGUUCAUUAAUAAUCGAACCUCGUCGUUAGUCCUCGGAAAUCUUCGACAGUCUUCGGGAAUCGUCGGUAGCCUUCGAAAAUUUUCUGAAAUAACGCGGAAUUGUCGUAAAAUGCCCGAAACCUCCUUGAUGUACUAUUAGUAUUAUCGUUUGGCGUGAAUCUACCGAGUUUCAUGUAAUUUCAAUGAACAGUAAACGACAAGUAAAGGGAAACUUGGUCACGUGGUACAAAUACACUUUUUUUCGUUUGCCGUCGCAGGUGACUUUACAGGUGACUGGGUCAGCAUAAGGGUCAGCAUUCGUCUUCCAAAACAGUCCCAUAGUAUAAUUCAGACGACACUGACACAGUCUCAAGCCUGGAGGGUGAUAGGCUCCUGCUGAAGCAAAAUGACCGAUCAAUUUAUCCAAAUGCUUGACCAGAAUCACUGUGAAAGAAUUUUUUAUUUUUAUUUUUCAGAUUAAAUUCGAGUUGUACAAGAAAGAACACAGCACACCUGGAGAAGUAAUAUGUCAGUUAGCUGCGGAUAGCAAAGCUCAGCUUAUUGUGACGGGUAGUCGUGGUAUGGGAACAAUACGUCGCACGUUUCUCGGCAGCGUUAGCGAUUAUUGCGUGCACCAUUCCCUCGUUCCUGUGGCGGUCGUUCCACCUCCAGUCGAAGGCUGUGGUCAAUGAGGGUUACACAAAGUACUAAAAACUCAUAUAGCUGGUUUGCAGAUAAUGUCAUCAAAAUCAAACCAAAGAAUUAACGAUCUUCCUGAGUUUUUACUUUGAUGAUGUGCCGGUAAAAACUAAUGCUACACAAAUUUUACUUCAAAAGUGUUCUUCUUUUAGCUAUUGUUUGUGUGAUGGAGUGCAUCUGAAUUUCUAAGCUGUUGUGUGACGCCUUACUUACACGGCGACCGAGAGGACUGUCGUGUAGGUUACCUAGUAUAAGAAAUAGCACUACUUUUUUGAAAUGUUUAUUAGUUCCUCGAGAGAUGAAUACACGCUUUCGUAGAAAAACUCGCUGAUUUCGCUGUUGGUUUCCGGCACCAACAUAUUUUCUCCAUAUAAAGCUCUUUAAAUUUGGGUAAAUCAUUUCUUUGAAUAUCUCGCAUAUGAAAACUCGCACUGACCUGAAU